AUGGCUGCAACCAUGAACAACAAGUUGAUUCCAGCGACGAGAUACAAUUUCGCACUUGUAUUCUUCGUGGCCCUUGGCUCUUUCACCUAUGGCUUCAACGCCUCCAUCCUGGGCACGGUCUUUUGCCUUGCCCCUUUCUUCUCCUAUUUUCAUCUUGAUCUCACUGGCCCCGGGGCAGACUAUGCUAACUCGAUGAUCGGCGCUAUGAACGGCCUUUCCUCGGCUGGAGGCAUCAUCGGUUGCCUCCUUAUGACGAAGCUUGCCGAUAAAUUUGGACGAAAGAGAACUAUCCAGGGGAUCUUGGGCAGGCUCCUCAAUGGCCUUGGGUCCGGCAUGAUGAAUGUCAUUAUCCCUCUGUACCAGUCAGAAGUUGCUCCGCCUCGUAUCCGUGGCCGCAUGGUCGGAGCUCACGGUUUCUGUCUCGUUCUCGGCUAUAACUUUGCCGCCUGGACUCGACUCUGCUGCUACUUUGCGACCAAUCCUCAAAUGCGGUGGCGGCUCUGCCUUGCACUUCCUGCUGUUGCUCCCGGUAUUCUUGGCCUAGGAUCAGCGCUCAUCCCAGAGUCUCCUAGGUGGCUCGUAACGCAAGACCAUGGGACCGAGGCCCUUGAUAUUCUCACCAAGCUUCACCAUCAGCCUGGGGACUCGAACAAUGAAGCGGCCCAAUCUGAAUGUUGUGCUAUCAAGAUCCAGUUGAAAAUUGAGUCUAAUGAGCCCAAGUCCUUUGUUGGCAUCAAGAAGAAGCCUUCAUAUCGCAAGCGAAUCCUCAUCCGUAUAUUUUUUCAGUGUAUCGCCCAAUCUACUGGAGUUCUUGUUAUCAAUAACUACCAGGUUCUUCUGUACAACGGUCUCGGUCUUACAGGUUACCUCCCCCUCCUCCUGUACGGAGUGUACACAGCAUGGGCAGCCUUCCUCAACUGGGUGGGCGCUAUGUUUGUCGACAAGUUUGGUAGAAUUCUUAUGCUUACUGUAGGACUGGUCGGAUGUGCACUGAUGGUAGCCGGCGAGGCAGCCAUCGUCGCUGUUGCCGCCGAGAACAAGAACAACCACGCCAUCAACGCAGCUGGUGUAUUCUUCCUGUUCGUCUUUGUUACUUUCUACGCCACAUGCAUCGAUGCCAUCAGCUACAUUUACUGUACUGAGAUCUUUCCCACCGCUAUCCGCGCCAAGGGCCCUGCGCCCAUUGCCUUCGCUCAGGUUGGAUGGAAGUACUAUCUGGUCUUUGUCAUCGUGCCCCUCCUUGGUGCCCCUGUUGUCUACUUUAUGUUUCCUGAGACUAAGGGUCUUUCAUUGGAGGAGAUUGGUACUCUUUUUGAUGAUGGAAAUGAGGAUCCAACUAUUGAGGUUCGAGAGGAUGUUGCCGAGAAGCUAGACUUUUGA